GGGUUAAGGAUCUGGCGUUUCUACAGCUGUGGCAGAGGUCACUGCUGUCCCUGGCCCAGGAACUUCCAUAUGCCAUGCGUGCAGCAAAAGAACAAAAAAACCCAAAAAAUGCAAAGAAAAGAGACAGGAGAGAUUUACAAUAAGAUGUUGACAGUGUUACCUUUGGUGUUAAAAAAAAAAAAAAGGGUGCUUUUUAUUUUCUCUUUGCAACAUUAAUGUAUUUUCCAAAAUUCUAUAAUGAACAAAAAUAAUCCUCAUCAUCCUUGUCUUCCUGUUUUAUUUUACUGUCCCUAGUUUCUCAGACUCUGUGGAUGUUUUUCCUGGCACGUAUUCGCUUUGUUUGGCUUCUUCCAAAAGGGGCUUUGUUAACUUUUGUGUGACUGUUUUCAUUUCGCUUGUCCGUGUAAUGAAUCAUUUGUUGAAUUUCUCUUUUUUUAACUUGACUUUUCCUCUCUUGUCCUUUUGCUCAGCCACCCUGGGAUUAUCGUCUACGGAGGAUGAGGGUGAGGACCCCUGGUACAACAAAGCGUGCAAGUGUGACUGCCAAGGAGGCGCCAAUGCCCUGUGGUCUGCGGGCACCACCCCCUUAGACUGCAUACCGGAAUGCCCGUAUCAUAAGCCCCUGGGGUUCGAGUCAGGAGAGGUUACACCAGACCAGAUUACCUGCUCCAACCUGGAGCAGUACGUGGGCUGGUAUUCCUCGUGGACUGCCAACAAGGCCCGGCUCAACAGUCAAGGCUUUGGGUGCGCCUGGCUCUCCAAGUUCCAGGACAGCAGCCAGUGGUUACAGAUAGAUCUGAAGGAGGUCAAGGUGAUUUCAGGGAUCCUCACCCAGGGCCGCUGUGACAUCGAUGAGUGGAUGACCAAGUACAGCGUGCAGUACAGGACCGAUGAGAGCCUGAACUGGAUUUACUAUAAGGACCAGACUGGAAACAACCGGGUUUUCUAUGGAAACUCAGACCGAACCUCCACAGUCCAGAACCUGCUACGGCCCCCCAUCAUUUCCCGCUUCAUCCGGCUCAUCCCGCUGGGCUGGCACGUGCGCAUUGCCAUCCGGAUGGAGUUGCUGGAGUGCGUCAGCAAGUGUACCUGACGGGGUGCCCGCCAGGGUGCGCAGGGCACGGAGCAGCCGGGCGACUGCUGAUCUACCGCUGUGACCAACAAGGCUGUAUCUUACAGGCUCUACUCAAUGCAGAGCUGGGCAGAGAAGACAUCUUUCUUUCUUUGGUUUUCUUCCUUUCUUUUUUUUUAAAUAUAGUUUGCAUUUCAAUAAACAAACCGAAUUAAAUCUUCACUCAGGGCCAAAGAAAAUAAGAACAAAGAAAAUGUCCCUAAAAACAAUUUUCAUGCAAAAGCAAAGCAGGAGUAAUUUGCUGCUCUCUGGAGUUUUUUGUUUUCGCUUUUUUUUUUUUUUUUUUUUUGAUUGUUUGCUUUUUGGUCUCAGUGACACUGUGCAAGGUGCCCUCCCAGGAGAAUGCAAAGCAGCCCUAAUAAUCUGAAAAUUCUUUUGCUUUACCACAUUCAAAACAAGAACACAGAGUUUCAUAAAGCCUCACUUUGAAAGCAAAGAGGGAGCAAGCUUGUGGGUUCUCCUAGCUUCGUUUUCAUUAAAUCAUGGCCUUUUAGAACUUGAGAGCACUGGGUAUGCAGGGUAAAAGGUUCUGGAGUGACUAGGAGGGUGGGAGCCCAUUUUACGGUCCCCUGAGAGCCAGGUAGGAGGGCCUCCCCUGCUCAGAGUUUCACCCCCAGUCAGUGCAAUUUAUCCUAGUCUGUGGUCACUACUUAGGUGAAUAAUGGACAGGCUGCACAUGUAUGUAGCCAAGUCUCCCUAUAUUUAGGAACCUCAAAUGACCAGAACACACCAGAAUUUCCUUUUAUCUAGGGUAACCAUUUAAAAAAAAAAUUUUUUUUUUGUUUCAUUUUUAUUUUUUUGUCUUUUGUCAUUUCAGGGCCGCACCCGCAGCAUAUGGAGGUUCCCAGGCCAGGGGUCGAAUGGGAGCUGUAGCCGCCGGCCUACACCACAGCCACAGCAACAGCAACACCAGAUCCGAGCCGCGUCUGCGACCCACACCACAGCUCACGGCAAUGCCGGAUCCUUAACCCACUGAGCGAGGCCAGGGAUCGAACCCCUCAACCUCAUGGUUCCUCGUCGGAUUUGUUUCCACUGCGCCACGAUGGGAACUCCAUAGGGCAACCGUUUUUCAACAAGCUUAACACUUUGUAAAUAGUUGGCCGGAAGCUAUCACCGGCUUUACAGAGGAGGCCCAUCAGCUGAGUACACUGCAGGAAGGGGUCAGGACCUAAGAAGCGUGCUGUGGCUACACCCCUGGUGAGCCCACCUUUCUGACCUCUGCCCCCUUGCCUUGUAACAUGGCCUUGGCCUGACCUUCCCCUCCCAGAGGAGCCCAGUAAGCAGGGAGCUGGGGGAAGGUCAGUCCACCUCCUUUGGGGCUUACAGCUCAGACCGUUUUCAGGCCCUUUCCUCAAAGAGACUGAUGACAGGGCGGGUGGGCAGGAGAGGAUUUGAGAGAAGGAGCCGAGAGGGGGUGGAAUCAGAGGAUGAGGGCCCGCCCGCAAGACGAGGGAAUCCAAGACUGUCUUGGCUCUGAUACAGCACAACCUCUGCUAGUGGCUCAGUCCUCUGAGUUACUGUUUGCAAACACCGAGCCGAGCGAAUGGGCUCCCACAACAGGCUCCUGGACGUCGCCUUCACCUUCUCUGUGAAUGGCCGGCCUCCUAAAAGCCCCAAUUCUCUUCCCUGCUGUUUCUGGGCUUAGAAGAGCUUCUUAUUCAACUUGGCAUCUUCCUAAUCCCCAUGCUGUAUGCUUAAACCCGGAAAAAUGCUUUUCCCAGCUCAAUCUUCUCUCAAAUAAGAAGGUAUUGAUUCAGGGUUGGGGGAAAAAAAAAAUCCCUCUCUGGCCUUAGAACAAACACACAGACAAAUACACUUUGAAUGGAAUAACUCCAGAGACCCUUACUGGGAAAGCUGAACGGACUUCUACUGUGACAUCGAUUGUCAGGGAAAAUGGCAGUAGCCUCGGUUGAGGACUCCACCACUGGCACACCCCACACAGGAGGGGAGUAGAGUUAAAUGGAAAAAAGAAAAGAAGUAACAGUGCGAGGCGGCGAUAACGGUUCUCCAAAUAACUGUUUUGGAAAUUCUUGUUUUGGAACAGAUUUAUUGAGAGAAAGUUCACAUGUCAUACAAACAUCACCCAUUUACGCUAUACAAUUAAAGGAUUUUUAGUAACCAUUUUCAGUCAGCUUUAGAACACUUUCACCACCCCCCAAAGAAACCCUGUACCCACUAGCCAUCCUCCUUCCAACCCACUUGCCCAGCCCAGCCCUGGGCAACCAUGAAUGCACUGUCUCUGUAGAUUUGCCUAUUUUGGACAUUUCCCAUACAUGGAAUCAUACAAUAUGUGGGGUUUUUUUCUUCUUUCACUUAGCAUGGUGCUUUCAGGGUUCACUCCUGUUGUACCAUGUAUUAGUACUUCGUUCCUUUUUAUGGCCGAAUAUCAUUUCAUUGUAUGCAUACACCACAUUGUAUUUAUCCAUUCAUCCACUGAUGGACAUUUGGGUUGUUCUCAUGUUUUUGGCUGUUAUCAAUAAUCUGGCUGCUAUCAACAAUUGGGUCCAAGUUUUUAUGUGGACAUGUUUUGUUUUCAUUUAUGUUGGGUAGACACCUAGGAGUGGAAUCAUGGGUCAUAUGGUAACUCUAUGUUCAACCUUUUGAGGAACUAUCAGACUAUUUUCCAAGGUGGCUGCACCAAUUUACGUUCUCACCAGCAAUGUAUGAGGGCUCCAGUUUCUCCACACUUGUCAUUAUCUGUCUUUUUUUUUUUUCCCCCCACACCCAUGGCAUAUGAGAGUUCCUGGACCAGGAAUCAAACCUGCGCUAUAGCAGCGACCCAAGAUGCUGCAGUGACAAUGUUGGAUCCUUAACCCGCUGCAGCACAAGACUCUUUUGACUGUAGCCAUCCUGGUGUGUAUGAAGUAGCAUCUCGUGGUUUUGAUUUACAUUUCCUAAUGACUAAUGAUAUUAAGCAUCUUUUCACGUGUUUACUCUUUAUAUACCUUCUUUGGAGAAAUGUCUGUUCAGACCCUUUGCUCAUUUUUGAGAUUAGCCUAUUUUUUAAAAUAUUGAGUGGUUAAGAGUUCCUUAUAUAUUUACAAUUCCCUUAUCAGACAGAUGAUUUGCAAAUAUUUUCUCCUAUUUUAUGGGUUGUCUUUUCACUGUCUUGAAGGAGUCCUGUGAAACACGUAGUUUAAAAUUUUGAUGAAGUCCAACUUCUUUUCUCCUUGGUUGUUUGUGCUAUUGGUGUCAUAGCUGAGAAACCAUUGCCAAAUCCAGAUCAUGAAGAUUAUUUACUCUUCUGUUUUCUUCCAAGAGUUUUGUAGUUUUACCUCUUACAUUGAGAUCUUUGAUCGAUUCUGAGUUAAUUUUUGUAUAUGAUAUGAGGAAGGGGUCCAACUUCACUCUUUGUAUGUGGAUGUCCAAAUGUCCCAGCACCGCUUGUCAAAAAGACUGUUCUUUCCCCAUUGAAUGACCUUGGACCUUUAUCCAGAAUCAAUUUGACCACAAGGUGAGGGCUUAUUUCUGGACACUCAAUUCUUCUUUUUAUUUUUUAUUUAUUUAUUUAUUUUUUUUGCUUUUUUAGGUCCAUACUCGUGGCAUAUGUAAGUUUCCAGGCUAGGGGUUGAAUUGGUGCUGCAGCUGCCAGCCUAUGCCACAGCUACAGCAACGUGAGAUUCGAGCCAAGUCUGUGACCUACACCACAACUCACAGCAACACCGGAUCCUUAACCCACUGAGCGAGGCCAGGGAUCAAACCCGCAUCCUCAUGGAUACUAGUAGGGUUCUUUACUGCUGAGCCACAUUGGAAACUCCUAUUUUUAUUUUUUAAAAUAUUUUAUUGGAACAUAAUUGAUUCACAAAGCUGUGUUAAUUUCAGGUGCACAGCAAAGCAAAUCAGCUAUACACAUAUCUAUUCUUUUUCGGAUUCUCCUCCCACAUAGGUUAUCAUUGACGCUUAAUUCUAUUUCGUUGAUCUAUAUGUUUAUCUUUAUGCAAGGACUACACUGUUUUGAUUAUUGCAGCUUUGUAGGAAGCUUUCGAAUUGUAAUGCAAGAGUCCUCCAACUCUGUUCUUCUUCAAGAUUGUUUUGGCUAUCUUGUAUUACCAUAAGAAUUUUAGGAUCAACCUGUCAAUUUCUGCAAAGAAGUAAGUGGGAUUUCCUACUGGAAAUUGCACAGUACUUCAGAAUUUAAUAAACACUGAGAUAUGUAAACCAUUUGUCUGUAGAUAAUUUGUUCAUGACAGCAUAUGAAUCUCUUCACUUAAUUCAUUACAGAAUGUAUUAAAAAAUAAAACUGUUAUUGAGGGAUAUCUGAAGCCCAACAGAAUCUUGCUAUUAAACACAUGAACUAUACUUGCAGUAUUAUUUCUUUUGGAGGGGAAACUUCCAGUUAAAGAAUAUAUAUAUAUAUAGUAGCAAAAACUCAUUCCCUUACCUUAUGUUAAC